AUGAUUGCAAUAUUGGAGGAAAGAGAAGCUCAACGCAAAGCCAUCUCAUUCAGAACAAGCAAAUGGGCUUUGUGCAAAACGAAGGAAUACAAGGUACUCGGACAGCAGGAUUGUCGUGAGGACAAAUCAUCGUGCGAAUCGGGCUACAGCUGUCUCUCUGAGGACGACGAUGGACGGUGCUGUAUAAGCACGACGGCUAACGUCUUGCUACCCAGUAACCCAAGUGCUUGUCCAUCACCCGGCGCAAUGGGCUACACGUGCAGUUAUGGAAACAAGAGAGCUGUGACGAAUUGGUGCCAAUCGGAUUCGGACUGCUCUGCUGGUUCGGUUCACCUCUGCUGCGAUACAGCUUUGAAAUUUUGUAUCGAAUUUCCUGAACUUUCCUUUCGAUUCAGAGUCCGAUCAAUAGAGAACGAUCGAUGUCCACCCACCGCGCUACUGAACGUAAAGUGUAGGAUGAAUAGCCGCCGUUCCACCAAUUGGUGCAACACCGACCGUGAAUGU